AUGUCUAGUGUCUUUGAUCGUCUCGCCACUUCCAUGCACUCCACCAUCUCAUAUCUCUCGGUCGCCGGAUCGAAAACAAACAUACCAAGCUCUCCUGCACUCCUCCUCUUUGCCUUCGUGCUUCUUGUCCCCUGGUACACAACCCACGCCAUCUACAACCUCUACUUCUCCCCCCUGUCCUCCAUCCCUGGUCCUAAACUCGCGGCCUUUUCCGAUCUAUGGCUCAUAUUCCACGGCGCGUUGCGAUUUCGACAAUGCAAAGUCAUACACGAGCUAUUUGAGACAUAUGGGCCUGUCGUGAGGAUUGGGCCGGGGAAGGUUGCGUUUAAGGAUCUCGGAUCAGGAAAGGUCGUUUAUGGUGGGAGUAUUGGUGCGGGUGGUGGAGGGGCGAGGUUCGAGAAGAGUAGCUGGUAUAAAUCCAUGAUGACGAAUGAUAAUGAUCAUGCGAUGACCGUGCUUCCACACUCCCUCCACGCACCUCGUAAGAAAGCAUACUCUGGACACUAUAACCCGACGAACCUCUCCACCUUUCAGCCCGAGGUUCACCAUUUCACUCUGCUGCUUGUCGACGUCCUGAACCAGCACGCCAAUGAGCCGAUAGACAGCCUCCUCCUCUUUCGUCAAUUGAUGAUAGACGUAAUCUCCGCCACCUCUUUUGGUCCAGGGAAUCAAAGCCUUCAGGGCGCUGGAGCGUUGGAGAGUUGGGCGGCCGGAGGUUCCGAAAGUGCCCUGAGCAAGGCGAUUGGUGAUUUCGCAAAGCGGGGGCUGAUGCGGAGCGUAUUCCCCCGGUGUGCGUGGGCCUUGAUCAGCCGUAUCCCGAAUAAACGGUGGAGAGAGCUAUGUGAUUCAGACAGUAUUCUUGCGGAAAUUGUGACUUCAAGAGUUCGGGAAGCUCGACGCCAGCUCGCUGAUGAGAAAGCAGAACUCUCCAAAGAAUCAACUCAAGACCCGGAGCGUGAAAUUACCACUGUUCCACUAGCUCAUCAUCUCCUACAAUUUCGCACACCAACGACGAAGGAACCAAUGCCAGAAAAGCACAUCAUCUCUGAGCUUAUGGGCCACCUGAUAGCAGGAUCGGACACCACUUCGACGACGUUGUCUUAUUUAUGCUGGGAGCUUUCUCGCAAACUGGCCGUGGCGAAGAAGCUACAAGCUGAGGUGGACAGCGUAAUAAAAGGUUCUGACUUGAGAAGUAUACCAGAUAUAUCGGUGAUACAGAACCUUCCAUACCUCAAUGCCAUUGUUCAAGAAGGUCUCCGCCUUUACAGCGCCGGUCCCAGUCUGCUUGAGCGCGUCGUCCCAUCAACAAUGAAUACCAGGGCUACUCCUCCGGGCUCUGAGGGAUAUGAUCUCUUAGGGUUUGCACUCCCACCCGGAACUAUAGUCGGCACACAAGCCUGGUCCCUGCAUCGUGACCCGCACGUCUUUUCCUCGCCCGAUGACUUUGACCCCGAGCGUUGGGUCUCUGACCCAGACUUCCAAUCAUCCCCGCACCACACUGACGAACAUAGUACCUUGAAGAUGCAUCAAUACAUGAUGCCAUUCGGUUUAGGUACUCGUAUCUGCGGUGGGAGAAAUCUCGCGUUGAUGUUGCUCAAAGUUGUUGCCUUCGCGAUAGUGAGGAAUUUUGAGAUUGUGGCACCGGAUAGCACGACUGAAGGAAGCAUGGAGAUUAUGGACAGUUUUGUCAUUUUUCCGGCUUCAGGAGAGUGCAAGCUUGUGUUCAAGAUUCGAUGAAUCUGGAAACACGGCCGACGCCACACGGAUGAAGUUACUUAGCGGAGUUUGAAGUUUACACGUGCUAUCGUUGAGCAAUCCCGAUUCUGACACAUUCGGUUCUGAUGUCAAACUCAAAAGCUUUACUUUCUGUACUACUUACUCUUUACCAAUUGUCUCGUCAAGUUCUUUCGCUAUGGUGGAUGGUUCCAAUACUGUAGUUUUUCGACCGUAGGUUCGUGGGAAGAUUAUGUCAGACGUGACCUUCGCCAGACCACGGUUCGUUUGGGCGGACCACGCGUGACGAACCAAUGAAAUUGUUCGCGGUACGUCCUAAAAAUUGAUUU